UUCAACUUUCCAUCUUGAACAUGUUGAAUACGUGUUGAGUUUUUGCGGUUAUACUCGUAAUCAAGUGAAACCACACAGCAGACAGUUAGUUCGUUAGUCUGUCUGGAGCGGGGUUCUACUCCGUGUACGGUACGGUUGGAGAUAUAUGUUGCGUGUGGAGAGACGCGAAACGGUCUCUGGGAAUGCGCCACUGCUAUCGCUAUCGCUGCUGUUUUAUUUUUCGUCGGUCGUGACAUCAAAUUAUAAUAAUUAGCAUAGAGGAGGCAGUGGAGACAUUGCCCAACGUUUUAAACGGCAAAUCAAAAUCCAAUAUCGGAAUUCUAGCAAGUGGAAAUUUUGAAAAAAUAUAAACAAAGCGCUAAACGAGAAAUUCCAAACAGACAGUCAACAUGCCGCCUCCGCCUCCUCCUCCGACGACGCCAUCUGCGAGCAAUCUCAGCGACGCUGCCAUCGCCCAGCUGCUUGGCCCCCAACGUGAUUCGCUUGGCAUUGUGAUACCCGUGACCGUUGUCUAUUGCCUGAUCUUCUUCACCGGCGUCGUCGGCAACAUCAGCACCUGCAUUGUCAUCAAAAAGAAUCGCUCCAUGCACACAGCAACCAAUUAUUAUCUCUUCUCGCUGGCCAUCUCUGAUUUCAUGCUCCUACUCUCCGGUGUGCCCCAAGAGAUGUACUUCAUCUGGUCCAAGUAUCCGUAUGUCUUUGGGGAAUACUUUUGCAUCGGCCGUGGACUUCUCGCCGAGACCUCAGCGAAUGCCACAGUGCUCACCAUCACCGCCUUCACCGUGGAGCGUUACAUGGCCAUCUGUCAUCCGUUUCUCGGUCAGGCAAUGAGCAAACUAAGUCGCGCCAUUCGCAUCAUUGUGCUCAUCUGGCUGCUGGCCGUGCUCACGGCCAUUCCUCAGGCUGCACAAUUUGGCAUCAACAAUUACGCGGGUGUGGACAAGUGUGUCGUGGUGCGUGUGAUCAUCCAACACUCCUUUCAGCUGUCCACCUUCAUCUUCUUCUUUGCUCCGAUGUCAAUUAUCUUGGUGCUGUAUCUGUUCAUCGGUUUGCAUCUCUAUCGCUCGAAUGUCAUUGGCGGCGGAGGCGCAGUUGGCACUCAGCGACGUCCCCAGCCACUUAAAGCGGUGCAAAGUGAUACCAUACUCUAUCGUUACUCGGGAACUGGGCCGCAGUUGAGCUCGGUGCGUGGACGCCUCAAUCAUUAUGGCACGCGUCGAGUGCUGAGGAUGCUGGUUGCCGUUGUCAUCUGCUUCUUUUUGUGCUGGGCCCCCUUCCACGCCCAGCGACUGAUUGCCAUUUAUGCGCCCGCCCGUGGCGCCCAGCUGCAUGAUCAGCAUGAAUUCCUCUACACGGUGAUGACAUAUGUCUCUGGUGUGCUCUACUAUCUCUCCACCUGCAUCAAUCCGCUGCUCUACAACCUGAUGAGCAACAAGUUUCGCGAGGCCUUCAAGGCUGUGCUGCUGGGCAAAAAGUAUUCGAAGGGCUCGCUGAACUCGCGACAACUUGAAUCGCGACGCUUGCGUCGCACAGCUACGCUUAAUUCAUCCACGCAUACGCAACGUGAAUCCAGCGAGUCGAAGCCGACGAUCAUGCAGACGGCUCUCAACGAACGGCUGCUUCAAGCCAAGUCACAACUAGUUUCGUAAUUUGAACAAUUGCAAACUAAUUGCAGUUGAUUUAUAUUUUGCGAGCAACUCUCGUCGUAUCGAUAUUUAUGAAUCGUAUUUGUGCAGUUUUCUGCUUCCUAGUGUUAAUUUAUUUUAAUUUAUCAUUUGUUUAUAACACACAUUAGCCGCAUUGUUUUCCACUUAGUUCUUGUUGUUGACUUUUGUUGUUAUUA